CUCUCCCUGACUCCCUAUAUAAGAAGGAAGGAACAUGAGUACUUCCACAGAUCAAUACUUUUUGGAGUAUUAAAAAAAUGAACAAAGCAUUACUAUUGUUAGAUAUGGAAGGCUACAUCAGAAUCUUAUUCACUAUUCUAUUCUCGGUUAUGUUGCUUGCAAGCCAAAUUGAUGGAAGAAAAGACCUUAAAGCGUAUUGGGAUAGCAUGAUGGACGGACAGGACAUGCCUCAAGCUAUUAAAAAUUAUAUUAACGAGAAGUCUUAUGAAGGCCAUCAGAAGGGAGACUACCAUAGUUACACAAUUAAUCCAAAGCAAUCUCCCUCACGUGGUGCAAUUAGUAAAGAAUUCAACAACGAGUUUGAUCCAAAGCCUAACAGGUUGAAGUACAGUACUUAUACUGUGAAUGGAGAGCAGUCUCCAUCCAUUGGUGCAAUUAGGAAAGAUUUCAACAACGAGUUUGAUGCAAAACCUAACAGGCUGAAGUACGGUACUUAUACUAUCAAUGGAGAGCAGUCUCCGUCCAUUGGUGCAAUCAGGAAAGAUUUCAACAACGAAUUUGAUCCAAAACCUAAUAGGUUGAAGUACGGUACUUAUACUAUCAAUGGAGAGCAAUCUUUGUUCAUUAAUGCAAUCAGUAAAGAGCUCAACAAGGACUUUGAUCCAAAGCCUAACAGGCUGAAGUACGGUACUUAUACUAUGAAAGGAGAGCAGUCUCCAUCCAUUGGUGCAAUCAGGAAAGAUUUCAACGACGAGUUUGAUCCAAAACCUAACAGACUGAAGUACGGUACUUAUACUAUGAAUGGAGAGCAAUCUCCGUCCAUUGGUGCAGUCAGAAAAGAUUUCAACAACGAGUUUGAUCCAAAACCUAACAGGUUGAAGUACGGUACUUAUACUAUCAAUGGAGAGCAAUCUCCGUUCAUUGAUGCAAUCAGUAAAGAGCUCAACAAGGACUUUGAUCCAAAGCCUAACAGGCUGAAGUACGGUACUUAUACUAUGAAUGGAGAGCAGUCUCCGUCCAUUGGCGCAAUCAGGAAAGAUUUCAACAACGAGUUUGAUCCAAAACCUAACAGGUUGAAGUAUGGUACUUAUACUAUCAAUGGAGAGCAAUCUCUGUUCAUUGAUGCAAUCAGUAAAGAGCUCAACAAGGACUUUGAUCCAAAGCCUAACAGGCUGAAGUACGGUACUUAUACUAUGAAUGGAGAGCAGUCUCCGUCCAUUGGCGCAAUCAGGAAAGAUUUCAACAACGAGUUUGAUCCAAAACCUAACAGGUUGAAGUAUGGUACUUAUACUAUCAAUGGAGAGCAAUCUCUGUUCAUUGAUGCAAUCAGUAAAGAGCUCAACAAGGACUUUGAUCCAAAGCCUAAUAGGCUGAAGUACAGUACUUAUACUAUGAACGGAGAGCAGUCUCCGUCCAUUGGUGCAAUUAGGAAAGAUUUCAACAACGAGUUUGAUCCAAAACCUAACAGACUGAAGUACGGUACUUAUACUAUGAAUGGAGAGCAAUCUCCGUCCAUUGGUGCAAUCAGGAAAGAUUUCAACAACGAGUUUGAUCCAAAACCUAACAGGUUGAAGUACGGUACUUAUACUUUCAAUGGAGAGCAAUCUCCGUCCGUUGGUGCAAUCAGGAAAGAUUUCAACAACGAGUUUGAUUCAAAACCUAGCCCGUUUCUGUACGAUUCUUAUGCUAUGAAUGGAGAGCAGUCUCCGUCCAUUGCUGCAAUCUAGUAAAGAUUUCAACCAUGACUUUUAUAAUCUGAAUCAAUAAGAUCUCAAAAAAUGAUUAUUUUCAACUGCUUAAGUAUGUAAUGAUUAGGUAUUAUGACAUUAUUAUCUAUAAUUGAGGUAAUUUCAGGUAUAAUGGAUAUGUUAUUUUCCUUGUGUUUGCUUACUUCCAAGUUGCAUAGAGGGUCAUCCUCACCUAUUCCUUCUUUGUAAUCCUAUUGUCCUAUGUGAUUAUAAUCCGAAUAAAAUAAAUGUUUGUGUGUA